AUGUCAUCAAGUAGAAAAAUAGAUCAAAUGAUAGAAAAGCAAUCAGCAUAUAAAGCUACUAUAAGAGUCUUUGAGGCUUUAAAAGAAGCAUUUGAUGAAAAAAAUAUUAUUGAGUUGGCUUACUCAGAGAUUAGAAAAAAUUACCCUAAGUUUACAAUAAAAGAGGCAAGAUCUAUCUAUAAUGAUCUUUAUAAGAAUUCUUAA